CCUGGCGCUGGAGAGCAUCAUCGGCAUGCACGUCAUUGAUGUGCGCCUUGGUAUCGCUUUAUUUUCCUAUCGACUACACUGCAACAUACUGAGGUCUUUGGAUUAGUGGAGUUUUAUAAAAACACCCUGCUAGUGCGGCUGCUUAGAUCUUCAGAGAUGUGCACACAGAUGAAGGCUGCUGCUCUGAUGGCUAACAUACCCGAGGCAGACAUCGACCCAUCUGGAGUGUUUAAAUAUGUCCUCAUUAGAGUUCAUAGCAAGGAGGAGGGGGGCGACUCAGCGAUAGAUAUAGUUAGAGGGUACGGAUGGGCUGAGUACCACGCUGAUAUAUAUGAGAAGGUUUCAGCGGAGCUGGAAAAAGAUGGACACCUGGACUGUGAGUGUGUCGGAGGAGGAAGGAUCAAACAUGAUCCUCAAGCCAAGAAGAUCCAUGUAUACGGCUACUCCAUGGGAUUUGGAAGAGCACACCAUGCAGUGAGCACUGAGAAGCUGAAGGCUCAGUAUCCAGACUAUGAAGUGACCUGGGACAAUGAAGGAUACUGAUCUGGGACCAGCCUGUAGUUUACAAACAAUUUUUUACUGGACUGAUAUGAUAUAACACUUCUGAAACUGUAUUGAGGUGCAACAUGAGAUUAGAAAUAAUUGCGAAACCGUGAGCUUUGUGAAGCUGCAUUUGAAAAGAAACAUUAUCAUUAUUAAAAAUUCAACAUCAAAA